UUGAGACUCAGAGCAAUGGCUUCAGAGCUUGCUUCACAAAUAUGCAGCCACUUAGCCUCCAUCUUCACCAAACCAACCCACCCCCACCCGCCGGUCCUCGACCUUUUGGUCACCGAGCUCUCUUCCACAGCGGCCCGAAAAGGCCGUGUCUUUCUCUACGGGGUGGGCCGAGAGGGCCUAAUGCUGAAGGCGCUGUGUAUGCGUCUUGCCCACUUAGGGCUCUCGGCCCACAUGGUAUUCGACAUGACCACUCCCCCGAUCGCAGUUGCCGAUCUACUCAUAGCCUCAGCCGGUCCGGGUGGAUUUUCUACUGUGGAUGCAAUUUGCUCCGUGGCCCGAUCGAACGGCGGUCGAGUCCUGCUGCUGACGGCGCAGCCGGAGAGUGGAUCGUGUGCGAGGCACGCUAGCGUGGUUGGUUACGUGCCAGCACAGACCAUGGCGGAUGAUGGUGGGGAUGUGAUGAAAUCUCGGCCGUUGCUUCCGAUGGGGAGCGUGUACGAGGGGGCUUUGUUUGUGUUGUUUGAGAUGGUGGUCUAUAAGUUGAGUGAGGUUUUGGGUCAGAGCCCUGAGGAAGCUAUACGAGCUCGCCACGCCAAUCUAGAAUGACCGCGAUUACCUGUUGAAUGUGGGCCCACCAUAGACCGUGAGAUUGAAGAGAUUUUUCAGUGUAACCGGUACAUGUGAUAGUAUAUCACGUAUCAUUAUAUAAAUAG